UCUCACACCUACCAGCUUCACCUUCUCACACCAUCAAACUUACCAAUUAGCAAACCAUUUUAUUACUUCAGGUCGAACUUGUCAUCAACUUCGAAGCGUUCAAAAACAGAGAAGAAAGGUAGCUGCAGCUUAGAAGAUGGCAGAAGACAAAACUAGCGUCCAAAUUCCAAAAGUCAAACUGGGCACCCAAGGACUUGAGGUCUCAAAGUUAGGCUUUGGAUGUAUGGGCCUGACUGGCAUUUACAAUGCUCCACUCUCAGAAGAGGAUGGCAUUUCAAUAAUAAAGGAGGCCUUCAAUAAGGGGAUCACCUUCUUUGAUACAGCUGAUGUAUAUGGAGCCCAUUCUAACGAAGUUAUGGUUGGCAAGGCCUUGAAGCAGUUGCCAAGAGAAAAAAUUCAGCUAGCCACAAAGUGCGGCAUUGCAGGAAUGACACCUGCUGGCAUGAUUGUGAAAGGCACCCCUGAGUAUGUGCGUUCAUGUUGUGAGGCUAGUCUGAAGCGCCUUGGUGUGGAAUACAUUGAUCUGUAUUAUCAACACAGAAUAGACACAACAAUUCCUAUAGAGGAAACUAUUGGUGAGCUUAAGAAGCUGGUGGAGGAGGGAAAAAUCAAGUACAUUGGCUUAUCUGAGGCCAGCCCAGACACAAUUAGAAGGGCCCAUGCAGUUCAUCCCAUCACAGCUUUACAGAUGGAAUAUUCACUUUGGACUCGUGAUAUUGAGGAAGAGAUAAUUCCACUUUGCAGGGAGCUUGGCAUUGGAAUUGUCCCAUACAGUCCUCUUGGUCGUGGGUUUUUUGGUGGCAGAGCUGUUGUUGAAAGCUUACCUGCAAAUAGCUUAUUGGCCUCACAUCCUAGGUACAAGGGAGAUAACUUGGAAAAGAACAAGAACAUUUAUUCUCGCAUAGAAAACCUUUCUGAAAAGCAUAAAUGCACUCCUGCUCAACUAGCUCUGGGAUGGGUCUUGGAACAAGGAGAUAAUGUUGUUCCUAUUCCUGGGACAACUAAGAUUAAGAACCUGGAAAACAACAUUGGCUCUUUUCUGGUAAAACUUACAAAAGAGGAUCUAAAAGAAAUUUCAGAUGCUGUACCCAUAGACGAGGUUGCAGGUGACCGAGUUUAUGAAAGCAUGGAGAGCGCAUCAUGGAUAUAUGCAAAUACACCUCCGAAGGCAAGCACGGUCUGAAGUUAAAACAUUUAUUGAUGCAACUUAUCUUUCUUUUGGAUGUGAUAUUUGAUGAAUAAAAGGGUCACUGUUCUUGUUUUAUUAAUGUUUUGGACAACUUUUCUUCCAUUUAAUCAUUUUCAAUAAAGAAUGAAAACCAGAGAUUCAUUUUGAGGCUACAA